GCUUCUUAGACCGGAUCGAGGUGGUCAGGCAUAAUGACUACACACCCACUGACCAGGACCUGUUGAGAUGCAGAGUGUUGACAUCUGGAAUCUUCGAGACACGAUUUCAAAUAGACAAAGUCAAUUUCCAUAUGUUCGAUGUUGGAGGUCAGAGGGAUGAACGUCGAAAAUGGAUCCAGUGUUUUAACGAUGUGACAGCCAUCAUCUUUGUGGUGGCGAGUAGCAGCUACAACAUGGUGAUCAGAGAAGACAAUCAGACCAACAGACUACAGGAAGCCCUCAACCUCUUCAAAAACAUCUGGAACAACAGGUGGCUACGGACCAUUUCGGUAAUCCUCUUCCUGAACAAACAGGACCUGCUCGCUGAGAAGGUUUUGGCAGGGAAAUCUAAAAUUGAGGAGUAUUUUCCGGAGUUCGCACGCUACACUACGCCUGAUGAUGCAAUACCAGAACCAGGGGAGGAUCCCCGUGUCACAAGGGCAAAGUACUUCAUUCGGGAUGAGUUUCUGAGGAUCAGCACAGCCAGCGGGGACGGACGGCAUUACUGUUACCCCCACUUCACCUGCGCCGUCGACACAGAAAACAUCCGCCGCGUCUUCAAUGACUGUCGCGACAUCAUUCAGAGGAUGCACCUACGGCAGUACGAGCUCUUGUGAUGGGCAGCGGUGACCGGCCUACGUAUCUACCUACCUAUCUAUCCCCCCCUCCCCCACGACCAGUUAGCCAAUCACCGUCCCCCCUCCACCUCACCCAACUUCACCAAACAGCCGAGCCCUCUCCUCCGUCCCGAUUCCUCUCCAGGUGACUUCAGUGGAAGACUUUUCUUCAAAAAAAGGAGUUAAGGAAGACAUUUUCAUCAACUAUUAGCCAGGACUGACUGCUGUGCUCAGAAACACUUUGACCCAGGAAGAGGGUCCAGACUGGAAUCCCUCCGUGCAGGCUAUCCCUCCUUCCAGCUCUCUCAGAUAUAAACACACACUGGCAGGUACACACACACUACAGCAUUCAGAGCCCUUAAAUAGAUUGUAAUGUCUAAUAUCACACACACAGAGAGCCUUUUAAAACUGAGUCCUCCUGCUCGACAGUCGGCAGAUGCUGAGUUGAAUAACGCAUUCUGAGAGAGAGGAGUUUAUUCCCCGUCUGCUGAAGGAGGAAGGGAAGAGGAGAACAAUGGACAUGGAGGAUGGAGAACUGAUACAGAGGAGGGCUGUGAGCCUUUUUUGUUGCCCGAACAGACGGACUAAUUGACUAACGGCUGCCUGUGGACGUGAGCGUGACUCAAACAUAAGACCACGCGGCUCACAUGACCCGCUCUUCAAGACACCAAUCGAAGAGAAAACAACAAAAAAAUGGAGGAGGAAAAAAAAUAAAA